CGUGCCAGUCUCCACACGAGCACGUGAGAGCUUUCAACUCAUCGAGAGCUGCGUAUUUUUUCAAAAUCCUUAGUAUAAUUGGAGUAUUAUUAUAAACCACCUUUAAAAGCUUCUUCCGGAGACACUGAUCUUGUUGUUGUCAUGUUUGUUGCGCGCGAAAUUUCUGCUGAUCACAAGGAUCUGAUCCACGAUGUAUCGUACGAUUUUCAUGGCCGGCGAAUGGCGACUUGUUCAAGCGACCAGAGUGUGAAAGUCUGGGAUUUGGGAGAGGAUGGCGAAUGGAGAUGCACUGCGAAUUGGAAGACUCAUUCUGGUUCGGUGUGGAAGGUGACGUGGGCACACCCUGAGUUUGGCCAAGUGCUAGCGUCGUGUUCAUUUGACAGAACUGUUGCUGUUUGGGAGGAGCAAGUCAUUGGAUCAGGAGACAUAAUCUCUCAUGGACAGAGCCACUGGGUAAAACGGACAUCAUUAGUAGAUAGCAGAACAUCUGUUACUGAUGUCAAAUUUGCUCCUAGGCACCUUGGAUUACAAUUAGCUACUUGCUCAAAAGAUGGCACAGUCAGGAUUUAUGAGGCUCCAGAUGUAAUGAAUCUCAGCCAAUGGUCAUUACAGCAUGAGAUCCAGUGCAAGCUGAGCUGUAGUUGUGUCUCCUGGAAUCCAUCAAGGGUUCAUAGUGCAAUGUUGGCAGUUGGAAGUGAUGAUUCUAAUCCUAGUGUUGGUGGUAAAGUCCAGAUCCAUGAGUACCAUGAUGACAACAGAAAAUGGCAGCGCGUUGAGACUUUGAUGGCUAUAACAGAUGCUGUCCACGAUGUGGCGUUUUCACCUAAUCUUGGAAGAUCAUACCACUUGCUAGCAAUAGCUGCCAAAGAUGUCAGGAUAAUGAAACUCAAGCCAUAUGGGAAUGAGCAUGGUGUAACUGCUGGUUUGGGGGCCCCUUUGGCUAAACUUGACAUCAGUUUAGUCGCACAAUUUAAUGACCAUGAGUCACAGGUGUGGAGGGUGGUGUGGAACGUUACUGGGACAAUCUUGGCUUCAUCUGGGGAUGACGGUCGAGUAAGGCUAUGGAAAGCAAACUACCUGGAUAACUGGAAAUGUAUUUCUGUGCUAAAAGGCGAUGGGAACCAGGUGCCAACACCAUUAAGUCGAAGCAUUGAAGAUCAAAACAUCCAGGGUAACUUUGGUACUCGCGGCCUUGCAGCACUCAAGUCCCAAACACAGACCAUGUGGUACUCCUAACAAGAAGCUUAGUGAUCAAAUAAGCUAGGGAUUAUCAGCUUGUAAACAUUAGCUUGUGAACAUCAGCUUGUGAACAUCAGCUUGCAAACAUCAGCUUGUGAACAUCAGCUUGUAAACAUUAGCUUGUGGACAUCAGCUUGCAAACAUCAGCUUGUAAACAUCAGCUUGUGAACAUCAGCUUGUGAAUAUCAGCUUGCAAACAUCAGCUUGUAAACAUCAGCUUGUGAACAUCAGCUUGCAAACAUCAGCUCGUAAACAUCAGCUUGUGGACAGUGAUGAAUUCUUUUUGGCUAUGGCAGUUUGCUACUGCUGCUGUUGAUGGUCAUACCGCAUUGAACUAUAGGUGAUAACCCUGCAAUGGUCUGUUAGUGGUUCUUUUGUUUUCUAAAAGCUUUUUGUAAUAAUAUACAACCACAAUAGUGAAGGUGAUAUUUCAUGCAGUAUCCGAGCAGCUAUCAAAUCUUACCAUAACAUGUGCAAGCAAAUGAGCAUUAAAAACAGGAUAUCUAUU